AUGCCCCGGGAGAUCUCUCAUUAUCUAGUCAGACAGUUUGACUAUAGUAAAUGUGCAUUCACCCUAGAGAAUGGUGAGGAAGUGAAAAUCGAAGAAGAGGAUGUUCAAAUGAUAUUGGGUCUCCCUAGAGGGGAGCUGGACAUUAUAGAAUACGAGAAUAUCGAGACCGAUGACAAGUUGAAGGCAUUUAGGACUCGAUGGGGUAACCCUGUUAAUGGCGCCCCUUUAGUGCCAAUGAAAAUGAUUGAGAACAAAGCAGCUGACAACAAUUUCAAGAUAGACUUCGUAUUAUUUAUGGUCAGCUACUUUCUCUGGUGUGAUCACCUGAGUCAAGUUUCCAGGCAUAGAAUCCUGAAAUCUAUUUCAGAUGUUGAUAAUAUUAAGAAGUUCAAUUGGUGCAAAUUUGUAUUUGAAGGAUUAGUUAAUUCAUGUGAAAAAUGGAAGGGUAAUGAAAAACGACAUUACCAAGGACCACAGACAUUCCUUAUUCUGUGCUACGUGUAUAAAGUGAGCAACCCUGAACUGGGAGGAAUUAAUGAUUAUCGAUUUCCUAUACUGUCAUGUUGGAAUGACACGAUGUUGAAGUUUAGGCUGGAUACGGAGUGGGCAAAUGGAGGAUUCGGACGUGGAAGCGAUGUUGGACGCAUUCCACUAUCACCUCUUCAGAACGAGAAGACAACUAAGGAUGAGGGGGAGUACGAAGAGACAUAUCAGGAUAGGGGGCAAACGAGGAGGUGGAUAUGAAUGUGGGGGAGAACGAGGAGGUAGAUAUGAAUGUGGGGGAGAAAGAGGAUGCAUAUGUGGGGGUGUCUGAGCCUCAAAAGACAGCAGCAGUACAUAAGAAGGCAACACCUAAGAAAAAGUCAACACUUAUGAAUUCACUAGCACCUCCAAUAUAACACCUCUGAACACAGCAGCACCUGGGAACGCAACAAGUAUGAAUUUUACAGAGAAUUUGGUGUGGAUUGCUAAAUAUAUAUUGAUGAUUGACAAAGCCACAAAAAAUUUGGCAUCUUUAAGUUCAGGCUGGGAUACAACGCCAUUGUAUGACAACGCCAUCCACAUCAUACACACAACAAUGGACAAGAAUAAACGUUUUAGGGAUGCCAUGCACAG